AGUGGUAUACUUCGGCGUCGAAACCACUUCUACCGCACACUGGUGCCCACCUAAAAAAUAAAAGAUAUAUAUAUAUAUAUAUAUAUGCUUUGAAGCAUCCUCAGGCACGCAUUUGACGUUCCUUCUGAACACAACUCCCUCGCCGAAAUACACUGCAUCUUGCUGAAAUACCUCCCGCCAUUGAAGCGCAAUUACCCACCACCACCACUACUCCAAGAAGAGCAAAAUAGAAGCACCACUCAACAGCACUACAUAAAACUUUCACUCUGGAUUCUGUCGUCACGGGCGACAAGAAAAGCGAACACUAAAGGAUUCACAGCUUGAAAUCAAAAGAAACAAACAAUCAAGCACGCUACGCCACCAGCAACAACAACAAUCUUCACUGUUAUUAUUAGAGGCAACGACGUUACUAUUUCAUAUUCAUAUAUGCUUUAUAUUUUUCAGAUCUUUACAUCACUCGACACACUCCAAUUCUGCUCUUUGAUGGUUCGUUCUCUGCGCGCCUGUCGCCUUGUUUCUCCUCUGCUUUACCGCGAAGAAGUCUUUCUUCACUCAUCUUAGAUAAUUUAGCCUUUUUCUUCUCUAGCCUUUUCUUCCCUCUCUCUCUCUAUAUAUAUUUUAGCACUACCCUUGUUUUACGGGUAUAAGGUGCAAACAAACGUGUAUUUCUUCCUCUCUCAUCUUCUUCAAAAGGAAAAAAAGAACUCCCUUCUCUACGCGUCAACCAUGCAGACCCGUUCCAAGGCCAAGACUCGACGUGGUCGCCCCGCCGCACAGCCGGAGGAGGUGGAGGUGGUGGAGAGCCAGCCAGGGAUGGAAAACGAAGAAGAGCAGCAACAGGAGAAGCAGCGGCAGCAGGCAGGGGCAGAGGUCGCUGACCCCAACGCCGGCGGCUUCCGUGUCGUGCAAAUUCUGGAGAACUACGGCGUCGCCAGCUCCGACAUCAAGAAGUUCAUGGAGUACGGCUUUUACACCGUCGAGUCCAUCGCCUACGCACCGAAGAAGGCCAUUCUGGCGGUAAAGGGCAUCAGCGAGAACAAGGCGGAGAAGAUCAUGGCGGAGUGCGCGAAGCUGGUGCCCAUGGGCUUCACCUCCGCCGUCGCCUACCACGAAGCGCGGAAGGAGAUCAUCAUGGUGACGACCGGCAGCAAGGAAGUGGACAAGUUGCUGGGCGGCGGGGUGGAGACGGGCAGCAUUACAGAGCUCUUUGGCGAGUUCCGCACCGGCAAGACGCAGCUGUGCCACACCCUCUGCGUCACGUGCCAACUCCCCAUCUCGCAGGGCGGUGCGGAAGGCAUGGCCCUCUACAUUGACACGGAGGGCACCUUCAGACCAGAACGUCUGGUGGCGGUGGCGGAGCGCUACAAGCUGGACCCGGAGGACGUGCUGGCCAACGUGGCGUGUGCGCGUGCCUUCAACACGGACCACCAGCAGCAGCUGCUGCUUCAGGCCUCCGCCAUGAUGGCAGAAAACCGCUUCGCUCUCAUCAUCGUCGACUCCGCCACUGCGCUCUACCGCACCGACUACAGCGGACGCAACGAGCUCGCCGCCCGUCAGAUGCACCUGGGCAAGUUUCUUCGCUCCCUGCACAACCUCGCCGAGGAGUACGGUGUGGCGGUGGUGGUGACCAACCAGGUGGUCGCGAACGUCGACGGCUCGGCGCAGAUGUUUCAGGCGGAUGCGAAGAAGCCGAUUGGGGGACACAUCAUGGCGCAUGCCUCGACGACCCGGUUGAGCCUGCGCAAAGGCCGCGGCGAGCAGCGCAUUAUUAAAGUGUACGACUCGCCCUGUCUUGCGGAGGCCGAAGCCAUCUUUGGCAUUUACGACGAUGGCGUCGGCGAUGCACGUGACUAG